GCCAACAAAGGAACAUGAAGUAGCCAGACGCCGAGUAGAGAAUACUGCAGCAGAAUUUUGGUACUACAUGUGGCAUCAGCUACUCACCCUAAAAAAUGAGGCAGAGGGUAACACCAACCUUGUCAGCCAUAUUAACAAAAUAAUAGGGAAUGCUCAUGGAUACCAAAGAACCUUGAGUUCAGAUUUCUUGAAUCUGAGGUCAGUGGAUGGAAUGGAGCAAUGGAGAAAGAAAGAAUCCCAGAAACUGACAGAUCUUGUGCAGAAGAGGUUUCAUUAUCUUCAGAAUCCCAAGGACUGUAGUAAAGCGAAGAAGAUUGUCUGCAAUCUUAGUAAGGGCUGUGGUUAUGGCUGCCAGCUUCAUCAUGUGGUGUACUGUAUGAUGGUGGGGUAUGCUACUGGACGGACUUUGAUAUUAGAGUCCCAAGGUUGGAGAUAUGCAUCAGCUGGCUGGGAGUCAGUGUUCCAGCCACUCAGUAAUACAUGUACCAAGAAAGACGGAACAAGUUCAGAACACUGGAAAGAGCCCAGCAGUAUAGAGAAUGUACAGGUGAUAGAAAUGCCUAUCAUUGACAGCCUUCAUCCUCGACCAGAUUACCUCCCCCUGUCCUUUCCAAAGGACUUGGCAGACCGUUUAAUCCGUGUCCAUGGUGACCCCACUGUAUGGUGGAUUGGACAAUUUGUAAAAUACCUCACAAGGCCUCAACCUCAUCUGAAGCAGGAGCUAAGGCGAGCCAAGCAAGAACUGAACUUUGUGGGACCUAUUGUUGGUGUACAUAUCCGCCGUACAGACAAGCUCGCUGCGGAGGCCUCUUUCCACUCAGUGGCUGAAUACAUGACUUAUGUCGAGGAUUACUUUAAUAAAUUAGAACAUCGCAUGCCUGGGGUUCAGCGCAGGGUUUUCCUGGCCUCUGAUGAUCCUACAGCCUUACCUGAAGCCAAAAAGAAUUAUCCAGAUUACACUUUUAUCAGUGACCCUGCUGCCACUUUGUCUGCUGGGCUCAACAGACGCUACUCGGAUGAAUCGUUAAGGGGGGUCAUUCUGGAUAUUCAUUUCCUGUCUCUGUGUGACCAUUUAGUUUGUACCUUUUCAUCACAGGUGUGUCGUGUGGCUUACGAGAUGAUGCAGACAAUGCAUGGUGAUGCCACCAGUAAUUUUAAAUCUCUGGAUGACAUUUACUAUUUUGGUGGCCAAAAUGGACACAGUGUAGAGGCUGUUGAAAAGCAUGUCAAACAAAAUGACCAAGAAAUAGAUCUAGAACCAGGUGAUAUGGUGGGCAUAGCUGGAAAUCAUUGGGAUGGGUAUUCUAAGGGUAUGAACCACAGGACAGGUAAAACAGGUCUGUUCCCUUCAUAUAAAACCCAAGAAAAGUACACGAUAGUGGAUUUACCUAAAUAUCCAGAAGUGUCUGAAGAUGGAUGAUAGAGAAUGGAGUUAUAGGCAAAUUUUGAAUGUUUUAUUUAUAGUUUGGUAUUGUUAAGUGAUUUGAAGUUACUUUGAAUUUAUUGUGUAUGUGAAGGGGAAAGGUGAGGGUGAAAAUGAGACUUAUUGUAUGUUAAUUUAGUGAGAUAGUGGAAAAUUGAAAUGAUUCCUAUGGUCUGGAAUAUUUAAAAAAAAAUUCCUUGAUUUUAACUUUGUGAAUGUUAGUUAAUUGAUAAAUGCAAUGUAUUAACAUCACUGGGUGGUGAAAUGGACCUCAUCCAAUUUGUACUCAUGUCUAGAAAGAGUUUAAGGUCUCCUUAAUAAAUUAUAGCUUAUACGAGGGUUGAUCCAAAAGUAAUGUCACAAGUUUGAUAAAAGUCAACAUAAAACACCAAAAUUAAAAAAAUAUGAAAGUUUUAUUUUUUC